AUGGCAGUCACGACAACUACACCCACUCCUUCUGUUCUACUACUGAGGUCUUGUUCUUUGGUUAUGCAGCUGGGCGUAACGGGGUCACCAGGUCUGGGCUCCCGUGCAGACAAAUAUUUGGGCUGUCUCACGGACUUAUGGCAGGCUGCGGAGACAGGGAAGUGUGCGAACUUGGUCCCUCGGAGCUCAACGGUCAAUGUCCAGCAGCUUGCUAUCGACCUCCAGCAGUUGGUUCACGAAAUCUUGAAAGAAUGGAAUGGAACCAGUAGCGGUGACAAUUGGCAAGAGCCGAAUGAUGACGACCAGGAAGAGCCUAAAAAGAAACGACCAAAAUCCAAAGGUGCAGACCAAAAAAAGGAAAAGAGAACCACUCAAACCCAAAAGCCCCAAACCAUAGACAAAAAGUCCCUCAAGCUCGAAGGGAAAGCUUGUGAAGGGGAGUGCACCCAUGGCGCACAAGACAUUCUAAAAGCUCUUAAGAAAAGUGCAAAGGAAAUAGGAGAGAUAUAUCGGGAUGUUUCCUUCGAGGACGAAGUAAAGAAGGCCAUCAAUGUCGACACAGAUGCUCUGAUGGCAAUGAUCCAACCCCCGAAAAUGCAGCCGCCGAAAAUUGCAUACAGCCUGGCUUCCCUCUACUUAUACUACGACUGUCAACAAUGGUUAGCUGAAAUGGAAGGCCGUUCUGAGCGGGCGUACGCGAGAAAAUGGGGUCUAAACCAUGAAGGCAAUGUGCGGACGAGUCUCACAAUAGGCUAUAAGAUGGCGGUUUUGGAGAACGCUGCUCCAGGUACCGGAAUAUUACCAGUCCACGCAAAGUCCAAAUUUCGAGGUCUCCAUCAGGGCGGCUUGCCUUGUCUACUGGCUGGCAUGUUGACCGAUGCCGCUUUCUCAUCACUGGUCCAACUGUAUUCAAAUGAAAAAGCGAAGGAAACUUUUUGGGGCUGGGCAAUACGACGGAAUACGGCGAAAUCAGAACUGUUCAAAGAGAAAUCGAAACAACUACUGGAACGCUCAAUCAGCCUUGAAUUCCAGAUGAUUGGACACCUUCUCGAACGAAGGCACCAGUCGACUGGCCAGUUGACCUCACGAUCAUCAGGAAGAAACAGCCAGGAUAUUGCGCCUCGCAAUGCUCAAAGAGUAGAUGAAGCAACCGCUGAAGUUCACAAUCUUCCGACGAUUGAAGCGGUCACGGAUCUCAACGACAUGGAACCCCAGCCGUCCAAGCGUCCUCGUUUGGAAGCGGCCGAAGAAAUUACAACAGCAACUCCGGCAACGCAAACGAAUGACCAAAUUGGCGGACAUACGCCUGAGUGUAACUCGGAAAGUCCUCUUGACCUUGUGGGCCUCAGUGGCGACACGCGAAUCUCAGUAACAAAUGGUCCGGAUGGACCUAUCUAA